GAGACAUGGCUGUGAGGGACACGGCCGCAGGCCCUCCCGGGCCUGGGAGGGACGAGGAGGCGGCGCUGUUCUUCGAGAAGGCUCAUUACAGGCAUGACCCGUGCUGGCUGCUGCCCGUGCCCCCACGCCUCUGUCUGGCCUGCAUGAUGGAGCUGCUGCCGGAGCCUUGCGUAUCGUUGGUGCGCAAGAAGCACGUGCUGUCCUGCUUCCGAGAUGCUCUCUUGAGGCAUGCCUCCCUGGUCAUGCAGUUGGUGGCUCAGGAUCAGAGAAUCUGUAUCCACUUCAUAAGCAUGCUUUUCGGGCUGUUAUGCAGUGUGGAAGGUGGGAGUGUAACAGACCUCUGUAUUGAAGUCCUCAUCCAGCUUACAACUCAGCUGAAGUUAGAGCACAUCAUACAUUGCCUGCUGGAUGAGUGCCACAAAGAGCUGUGUAACAUGCCCUCCAUGAGAGGCAGCCUGGCCACCCUGACCCUUCUCGGCAAGUUGGUGGAUGCCAUCCCUCCCCUGGCAGACAAACUUGUAAUGGAGCACCGUGACCUGAUGGAGCAUCUGUUGAGAGGUUUAGUGUACCCCAGUGAGGGGGUGCAAGCUUCUGUGUGUUACCUCUAUGGGAAGCUGUACUCCUCACCAGUGGCCGCUGAGAUGCUUUCGGGCCAUUUCCAGGAGAAGCUGUGUCCUCUCUUCCUUUCCACCCUGGAUGGUGCCCAGACAAAGGAGCUACAGAUCAACUGUUUGGGUUUGCUGAGGCAGCUGCUGAAGUAUGAUCUCUUUGUGUCUGUGAUCAUGAACAAGUCUGCAAUGGUGGAAAGUACUGAGGUUGUUGAGGGGCCACCAGAAAAGACCUCAUUGCCUUUGGUGCUCAAAAAGCUUCUCCUCUCUAGAGAUGAGACUCUGCAGGUGGCCAGUACCCACUGUAUAACUGCAGUGCUGGUCCACUCCCCAGUGAAGCAUGCCCCAGCCUUCAUCCAUGCCGACAUCCCAGAGUUCCUCUUUGAACACCUUUCCUCUUCCAGCGAAGUGCUUGUCUGGUCCAGCUACAACUGCUUGAUACUCCUGGCAGAAGAGCCACUCUUUUUUUCCAAGUGCCACACGGUGUACGGAAUCGAGUCCGUUGUGAGGAGCCUACAGGGAAGCCUGAGGAUGAACAACACAGAACUCCAUAAGCAGGGCCUGCUGCUUUUUGCUGAGAUCCUGACUCGGCAGCCAGAGGAGAUCAAGCUCUUCCCAAGCUCAGACAUGUGUCGAGAUGCAGGCCGUGCUCUCCAAGAAGCAGUAAGCAGCCCUGUGCUGGAAGUGGCUGCUGAGGCAGUGAAGGCCAUUUCUGCCUUUCUGAGGAAGGACCAUCAGAAUGUUCCACCUGUGCAGUACAGGGAACUGCGGGCCUUGCUUGAAGCCAUGCUGAGCCGCUGUGCAGAUUUUUCCCAGACCCCGCUGAAUAGGAAGCCCCUGGGCCAUGCCUCCAGUAGAGAUUCAGAGAAGGCCAUUCUUCGAAGGGGGAAGUUCCUCCUGAGCACUCUGGAGGGAUUUAGAAAUGCCUGCAGGUUGGCUGUGGAAUUCCAGAGUGAGCCUUCAGCCCAGGAGAACCCAUUUACAGCUCCCAGUGCUGAGAAGGAAGACACUUUGGAGGCCUUCUCAGAAUUUCUUCUCAGUGCCUGUGACUCCCUUUGUAUCCCCCUGGUGAUGAGGCACUCAGAGCAGGCCACCCACCCAAACUUGAUGGAAGUUUUCUUGUCGAUUCUACACAACCUCUUUGUCAUCGUUCCCCACAUGAAGGAGAAGUUCUCCAAGAAGCUCGCUUCAUCAUCUUUCAUACGACUAACCCUGGAACUGAAGGCCAGGUUCUGCAGCAACCUGAGUCACUCAGCCCUAAACCAGGUAUGUUCCAGUUUCCUCUUCUACAUGAGCCUCAACCUCCUCUCAGCUCCAGAGAAGACAGGACCACCUUCCCAGGAAGAACUCUCUGCAGUAUCUGCGUUCCUGCAGCAUGGGCUGCCCCAGAUAAGCAGCAGGAGCCCCGAAAGCCUUGCCUUCCUGUCAGAUCGCCAGUAUGUGGAGGGAACUGCUCGCCAGAGACAGUACUGCAUCCUGCUCCUCUUCUACCUGGCCUACAUCCACGAAGAUAGGUUUGUCUCAGAGACAGAAUUGUUCGUGGCUGUGCAAAGCUUCCUCCUGUCUCUGCAGGACCAGGGUGAGCGCCCUCCACUGGUGGUCUUCAGAGCCUCCAUCUAUCUGCUUGCAAUCUGCCAGGACAAAAACGGAACACUAGAUGAGGCUGUGGUCAGUGCCAUCAGAAAAUUUUUAGAGGACAUCCCUGACCUGCACCUGGUUUACAUCCACCAUCCCCUCCUGCUCAGGUUCUUCCUGUUGUAUCCAGAGCUGAUGAGUAGGUUUGGGCACCGUGUCCUGGAACUUUGGUUCUCCUGGGAAGAGAGCAGCUAUGAGGAGCUGGAUGAUGUCCCUUCUGCUGGGCAGUCCCCUCUUCCUGCUAGCUUAGCAGCCCUGUUCCACAUGCUCAGAAGCAGCCCCAGCAUCCUGCUCAUUUUGCUAGAUCUCAUCUAUUCCAGCCCAGUGGACACAGCCCGCAAAGUACUAAUUGUCCUAAGGACCUUUUUGAGGAAGAAUGAGGAUGUUGAAGUGAGUGGUCUCAUCCGAGGCCACUUCCUGCUGAUCCUACAGCAUCUACUGGUGGAACAUGGAGCCUCUCCCUCAGGAGCCUCAGGGAACCUGCCAUUGCUCCUGAGCCUCCUUUCUUUAGUGCAGCUGAAGAACACGUCAGAGCAAGAACUGGACAGUAUGGCCAUGAAGCUUCUUCACCAAGUGAGCAAGCUGUGUGGGAAAUGCAGCCCUGCUGACGUGGACAUCCUGCAGCCCUCCUUCAACUUCCUGUAUUGGAGCCUUCAUCAGACUACACCAAGCAGUCAGAAAAGAGCUGCUGCAGUGCUCCUUAGCAGCACGGCCCUGAUUGAGCUUCUGGAGAAGACUUUGGCACUCACCUGGACCGAGGUGGGCUCUCCCAGGACCACACUCCUUUGCUCCGCCUGGCUGCUCACGGCUUCCUUCUCUGCUAAGCAGCACAACGGCAGUCUGCAGGUUCACCAGACACUGUCCGUGGAACUGGACCAAGUAUUGAAGGUCCUCAGCUUUCCAAAGAAAAAGGCUGCACUUCUCUCAGCUGCCAUCUUAUGCUUCCUGCGGACAGCCCUACAACAAAGCUUUUCCUCUGCCCUUGUGGUCCUGGUGCCCUCAGGGGCCCAGCCACGACCUGCCCCUGAGAACACUGUCCUAGCUCCCCUGAGAACAUCACAGGUGUUGUCCCUGGUCAUUGGACUGCAGAACCUUUUGGUGCAGAAGGACCCUCUGUUGUCCUAUGCCUGUGUUGGCUGCCUGGAAGCCUUGCUUGACUACCUGCAUGCCCGGAGCCCAGACAUCGCAUUCCAUGUGGUCUCCCAGCCCUGGAAUCGGUUUUUGCUGUUUACCCUCCUGGAUGCUGGAGAGAGUUCCUUCCUCAGACCUGAGAUCUUGAGGCUCAUGACCCUGUUUGUGCGGUUCCAGAGCAGCAGUGUCCUGUCUCAGGAGGAAGUGGGUCAUGUUCUGCAAGGUGCAGCUUUGGCUGACCUCUCUACCCUGUCGAACACCACACUCCAGGCUCUGCGUGGCUUCUUCCUGCAGGUCCAGAGCAUGGGUCUCCUGGCUGAUCACAGCACGGCCCAGACCCUGCAGGCCUCCUUAGAGGGCCUUUCCCUGAGCACCUCCUCCGUCCAGCCACCCCUGGACAUGCUUUGCCUGGGAGGGGUGGCUGUAUCCCUGUCCCACAUCAGAGACUGACCCUCAUAACUUGAAGGCCCAGAAAGAGAGAACUAAGACUUGGAGAAGAGAAAGUCAGAAUUGUUGGGGAAAUGGAUGACAAAUGUAGCAUCUUACUCCACUGUUGAAAUGGAGUCAGGAAAUAAAAUGAUACACUCACAUGUCUCUGUGGGCUCCAAAAACAUUUCUGUCUCAACUUAUCUUGGCUCCCUGGAGCUGAUAA